AUGAAUUUUCUCAAAUUUUCACUUAUUAUACCUCGCUCUACUAUAUCAAUUAAACGACUAUUAACUCGUCAAUUAACUCAGCAAUUAACUUAUAAAUCAACUCGUCAAUAUGCUACCCGUCAAUACGCUACCAAUGAAACCAAUCAAGGAAUUCGUAAAGAAGGAUUUGGAGCUCCAAUAUGGAGGAAUAGUUUAAUUGUUUGUUUAAUAGGAUUUGCUUGGUAUCAUCUUGAUAAAUAUAUUACAAAAAGUGGAGAGAAUAAACAUCCCAUUACAGAGUUGAUUGAAUCUUGGAUGACACCAGAUGUCGAAUGGAAACGAAUCACUUUAAAUAAUCUUGAUUAUAAAACAAAAACUGCAAAAGAUACACCACCUCCAAUGUAUCGAUUAAGAUAUCCCGAUAUGAAUCCAUUUCUUAUUGAACCUGAUGUUCGCUGGGAAGAAUUUAAAGCUCCUGAAUGGUGUAUACCUAUAAAAGCUGAUGUCCUAACUUUUGAAUGGGAUUUAUUAGCGAAAGAAUGUCAAUUCGAUGUAAUUUUAAUGGAUCCUCCAUGGCAAUUGGCAACUCAUGCUCCAACGCGUGGUGUGGCAAUAGCAUAUCAACAAUUACCAGAUAUUUGUAUAGAGGAAUUACCAAUACCUAAAUUACAAAAAAAUGGAUUCUUGUUUAUCUGGGUGAUAAAUAAUAAAUAUUCUAAAGCUUUUGAAAUGAUGAAAAAAUGGGGUUACACGUAUUGUGAUGAUAUCACUUGGGUGAAACAAACUGUAAAUAGAAGAAUGGCCAAAGGUCAUGGAUUUUAUUUACAACAUGCAAAAGAAACUUGUCUAAUGGGAAGAAAGGGAGAUGAUCCACCAGAAUGUAAUCAUUCCAUUUCUUCAGAUGUAAUAUUUUCAGAAAGACGUGGUCAAAGUCAAAAACCUGAAGAAUUAUAUGAAAUGAUUGAAGAUUUGGUUCCAAAUGGAAAUUAUUUAGAAAUAUUUGGUAGAAAAAACAAUUUACGUGAUUAUUGGGUAACAAUUGGGCUCCAAGUGAAAGAUGUUGGACCUUUCUCACCUGCUGUGAUUUGUCUUCUUCCAGAUAGAAAAAGAAGAAGUCAACAAUAA